AGUAAAUGUCUUUCUUUCUUAGUGGCUGGCCAUCCCUUUUGCCUUGUCGAACCCCCUGAUGACGUCACUAUCAGAGACGUCAGAGAAGUGGAUAGGGAAGGUUCCAAACCAAGACAUCACCACCUACAUAGAUACACUGUUACAAAUGAUGAUGGGGGGAAUACCUUGGCAGAUUUUGUGGCAGCGCGUCCUGGCGAUGAAGUCAUCGAGGUUGGCGGAAGUGAUGGUGUACGCAGGAGCAGCAUGAUUUGUAGUCUCCACAAUUCCGCCUCUACUCAUUGGGAUGGUAGCAGUGUCUGUUGAUUGGAACGCCACAGCGUACGAAGGAGCGCUUCCGUUUCCGGCAGAUGACCUAAAACUGAUGGCACCGCUUGUCUUGCAGUAUGUGUGUCCUUUUGUAGUUGCUCUGAUUGGUCUUGGCGCCAUUUCCGCUGCAGUCAUGUCGUCUGCAGACUCCAUCUUGCUUUCCUCGAGCUCCAUGUUUUCCAACAAUAUCUAUAAACCCGCAAGGAUGGGGAAGGCCAGUGAACGUGAACUUAUCUGGGCCAUGCGAGUAUUUAUGACUCUCAUGGCCAUUCUGGCCACGGUUUUGGCUAUCGAGAUCACCAGCAUCUUCAGCCUUACCAUUCUGUGCUCCGACCUGAUAUACGUCAUCCUUUUCCCUCAGCUGACCUCGGUCUUGUUCGUAGACGCAGCCAACAUCUAUGGAUCAAUUGCUGGAUAUAUUGUAGGAUUGAUCAUCCGAAUACUUAGCGGGGAGCCGUUGCUAGGUCUUCGAGCAGUUCUGCGGUGGCCUUGGUAUGAGGAAGAAACUGAUUUCCAGCCGUUCCCUUAUAGGACAACUAGUAUGCUCCUCAGCUUUUUAAGUAUCUUACUCGUGUCCUACGUCACAAACGUUGCAUUCCGUGCUGGUUGGUUGCCAAGGCGAUAUGACGUACUCAAAGGCAUUAUUUGGCAUUCAGAGAGUAAAUCUAAAGGACCCGCGGAUGAACAGAGAUCGGUUGAGAUAGCAAAACAUUUACUUCCGGACGAUACUAAGGAUAAUAUUGCUUUGGAGAUACGCCCCAGACAAAUGGUAGAGAUAAGUGAAGCUAGAAACGAUGAUACAUUUAUGUGA